CAAUACUUUCUUAUGGGGAGUUGCUAACCGUGGUGCUUUCAUUCGAGUCGGUCGAGACACGGAGAAAGCUGGCAAAGGGAGCCAAGUGUAUGAACUGAUGUGCUCCAAGGAGGUGAAAAGAACGUGCUCGAAUCGACAACUUUUAGUGAGCUAUUUAAGUGAUUGCAAGUAUGUUCUGCAGAUAAGGGACUUGGAAACAGAAUAUCUUCAUUUCUGGAACCUCACCGCUAGACAUAGGUGCAACUUAGCAACUGAGCUUCCAGAAAUGAAGAUAUUCUAUGAGAUUGUUAUAUCUGGAUUUGAUCGCAUAGAGUUCCAGGUUAAUCAGAUAUACUCUUCUCCCAAUGAGCCAUAUAUGUUUUUUAAGGACACUUGCAAUAGUUCACAGACUGUGGUGCCUACUAUUGCUUCUGCAGUAGUUGGAGAUCGGAGGAUAUCUUUAGGUCCUAGAGCAGGUUGUGCCGGCCUUGCUAGACAACUAGAACUAGGAUAUCGCCAAGCAUGUCUUGCAGCCAGCAGGCCAGAGCUACCUAUUGAGGUUGCAGGGCCUGCUAUGCACAAUUCGAAUGGAGAAUGUUGGUAGAGGCAAUGAUGACAUUGGCCUGGAAGCAACAGAAAAUGGACGAGCAGUGUUAUCUCAGGGUCCGCCAAGCACGACGGCACCGGUGAUGACGGGCACGACCAUGACUUUGUAUUAUUUGUGAAACCUAAUGUUGUGUAACAAUUUGAUUGAGUUAAACUUUAAAUAGACCGUUGUUAACUAUUUUGUUGGUAUUGUGGCUUUCAUGAUUGAUUGUUUCA